ACGCUCUCUCUGGUCCUAUUCCGGUGACGGCGGCAGUGUCGUCCUAUCCCAUAUUGCCCUUUUUCCCGCCAUCUCCGGCCGCAGUUACCCCACCACCGCAGUCCGCGAAGUCAUUAAAUCAAAAUAUGAAGCUGCACGACGGCGGACCUUACAGCCCUGUGGGAAACAAACCAAAAUCGAAAAGACCCGUUCUCAUAAUCGGGUUAUCCUUAGGCUUCUUUAUUCUAAUUUGUUCCGUUAUAUGCUUCGCUAUGGCAACAAGAAAAUCAAGCAAGCCUAUAGAAUCUGCUCCUAAACUUGCACUGGAUCCGGAGGCGGUGACGAGAAUGGGAGAAGAGAGCAGCGAGCUGGAAGAUAAGGUGAGGAGGGUGCAAGAAGGAAUGCAGGUAAUGGGGAAAAGUGGAAACUUGGUAUUCUCUGUAGGUGAGUCAAAAAUGUAUACGCUGGAGCAGCUGCUGAGAGCCUCGGCCGAGCUUCUAGAUAGGGGAACAAUGGGGACUACAUACAAGGCGGUGCUCGACAACCGUCUGACUGUUUGUGUGAAGAGACUGGAUUCAGGGAGGAUGUCCCGGACGUGUAGGGAGAAGUUUGAACGGCACAUGGGAUCAGUGGCCGGGUUGAGGCACCCAAAUCUGGUUCCGCUCCAGGCUUAUUUUCAGGCUCAGGAUGAGCGGCUUGUUGACUAUGAUUACCACCCCAGUGGUAGCCUCUUUUCUCUCAUCCAUGGAAUGGAGUGCAUCAAAGGAAGCUACUCACUCCAAUACUACUCAAAGAUUGCCAUGCAGAGGACAAAGAUGAGCAAUGAUUGGUUGGGAUAAGGGUUGUUAUACUAGGUGAAUCUGUGAAUGUAGACUGUGCCACGUCACCAGGGGUAUAAACUGUUGUUUUCAUUUCAGCUCAUAAUUAUUGGAAAGUUAGUAAACUGUGCUCUUGACUAUUUUGUUAGUCUAUUGUGUUAACAUUACAUGAAAUGCUAAGUUUGGGUUGAUGUUUAAACCUUUUUAAAUUACUAGAGGUAUUUAGAGAGUAUUAUGAUAGAUCUCAAUCAUCAUGCUAAUGAGAAAGCACUUAUUAGAAAACUACAAUUUACUGAAAUUACAUUAUAAAAUGGUGUUUAUCGUUUGACAGGAAGCUGUCUCUCUUUGCAAUAUCAAAGUUAUUGAGGUCAGCCAUGGUUUCAGAUUCCAGCAAUCAUGUUUUACACAGAGAAAGUGAUAAUACAUACUAGUAUAAGUUAGUACUUCCUUUUAGUUGUAGCUGGUAAGUUGUUUUCCUAACGCCUUCUUCUAUGACGUUGAAACCAAUCCAAGGCAACCUCAAUCUCCUCCCAAGGAGCAUCCUCUAUGUCAUCACUCGAUCUCUCCUCAUAAGCAGUCUCUAGUGGCUCAGUCUAGGGAACGUAAGUGUCGUCUCCAACAUAUCCCAUGGAUUCAUGCUCGGUCGCAGUACUUAUAUUAUCUCUUUCAAUCAACCUCACACGGGCUCUUCCUCGACUCACUCGACCACUCCUAGUAGCACCUUUAGUCAUUAAACACCCCUGGUUGGCGGUAUGUGUAUUGCCCGUAGCAUGCCCUAAAGGGUUCUGCCUAGUAACUCUUCCUCUGCCUCCGCUAAUGAGCCAUCUGAUUCAUAAGAAGUGUCAAUUGAUUGAUAUGUACCUCAGAUACAUUUGGGCUCUAGUCGCUGCCAUAAUGAUUGCUAAGGGUACCAUCUUAACAACCAGAGACAUUGGAACAUGAGUUCCAAAAGUUCGUAAGUACAAAAAAGAACCUAUGCUCAUGGUUCAGAAAAAAAAUGAAAAAAAAUUAUGCUUUCAAAUGAAAUGUUUAGGAACCUUAGGCUCUGAUACCAAUUAAAUUAUCACGCCCCGAACCCGUCGGUGAUGUCGACAAUCUGCCGUAUGACCCGUUAAGGCUAGUCACAACUCACCCUCACCACAUCAUACAAGACGUCAUGAUAAUCAUCACACAAAGAAUUUCAUUAAACAAGUAAUAAACAAAGAAUUUACAUUAAAUAAUAUUAAAAUAAAUCUAACUAGUAACAUCCAAAACCAAGCCACAAGCGACAAAUACGGGUACACAAACCCAAACCAAUAUUCAAAACAAAUAUCUAAUCCAUGAGCAACUAAUAUUGAAUUAAUUAAUCAAAACAUAACUACAAAACACGAAUCAGGUCUCUAUAUUCACCCGUGCAAGAGUGAAAGUAGCCAAGCAGGGCAACCUAAAAACAAAUGAGCUCCCUACAUUUCAGGUAUUGGUGAGAGAAAGGUGACACUAUAUGAUUAUAAUGAUCAUUUACACAUAGGACCCUUAAAAUAUGAAGAUACAUAUAAUAUAACAUUUUAUAUAUACUAUAUAUACAGAAAUAGUCAGCCCAUAGGCCAUUUAUUUUAUAUAAAAACUUUUAAUUAAUUCCUCAAAAUAAAUGUUUAAUCUAUCAUGGCCGAAACCUCGACUACUAGCCUGUAGGCCCACUUUAAUUUUAUUCAGCCCGUAGGCCAAAAAAUAGUUUAACCAGUCAAGAAUUUAUUACGUAGUAUUAAUUUUUUUUAUUCAAUCCUCAGGGCACCUAACCCUAUACAAGUGUUGUCACCCGAAUAAAAACCUGAGAUUUUCAAACCACUCGCCCUUGUCUGCUUGUACUACAUUCCCGUCGUAAGGUAAGACCUUUCAGAGACCUAUGUGCUACCGCUGCCAAAGCCACGUAAGGUUCUCGGGAUCGGUAUACACCCUUUGUCUGAUUACACCACAAGUCCGUGUCACCCCCUUCACAGUCCUCGCACCUACGCACCUAUGCGCAGACACUACACUAGCUAUCUAGCUAAUUAUCUCAAAGUAUUCCUAAUUUUACUGCGAACAGUGCAUAGACAUGCCCGGCCACAAAUAAUGAAAUUAAGUCUGCAGACUCCUUUUAGGCACGUAUUGUCUUCACAGAUUCCAUUCAGGCACGAAUGGUGUACCGUGAACUGUGUUCGUAUCGUACCUAAUUAACCACAACUAUAACUCCUAAUAAGUAGUAUAAAUUAAAAGUCCACUACAUCCCUGGUAUUUUAUUUUGACAAAUUCUACUAGAUUCUAUGCAACAAAUAAAAAAUGUACAUUUAACAAAUAAUUAUUUAAUUAUUCAAAAAUAUUAUUUUUGGCUAGGUAAUCAUAUAUAGAUAUACACAUAUAUUUUUAAACGGUUCCAUAUAUUUUGCCUAGGAACCUAACCAGUCCCAAGCCUACAUAAGUAUUACUCUUAUAGAAAGACUAAACAACCUUAUUUUAUUGUGUUGUUCAUCCAUUUACUUUUACCAUUCAUUUAAAAGAAGGGGUAUAAAUGCUAAUCCACUUUUAGCUCUUUACCAAAAAGGGAAACAAGACCAUCAUUUUGGGACAUCCCAAAAAGGAAAUACAAGACUAUCAUUUUGGGACGGAGGGAGACCUUGGUAUAUAUACUCAGUAUUACGGGCUUAGUGGGCCAAUCCUUUGGGUUAAAUCCUACCUACUCACAUUGGUUCUUGUAUUCUUACAAUUAUUUUAUUAUUGUUAUUAUUAUUAUUAUUAUUAUUAUGAUUAUUAUUAUUGUUGUUGUUGUUGUUGUUGUUGUGGUUGUGGUUGUGGUUGUGGUUGCGGUUGCGGUUGCGGUUGCGGUUGCGGUUGCGGUUGUGGUUGUCGUCGUCGUCGUCGUCGUCGCCAUCACCACCAUGACCAUCAUGAGAGUAAUAUUUACUUGAUGAAAUUUUAAAUGUAAAAAUUUUCUUUUAUUUGAUAACAAUUGAUUUAUUGAAAUAUAUUAUUGGGAUGGAAUGUUACCGAACUUCUAAUUGUUUGCCCAAGAUUUUAGAAAGACCCAAACUUAAAAAAGAAUCUUUUUACACGUUUGCUCAUUUACUCUCUCCUUUGCAGGUAGUCGUUUCUCCGUGAACGAUAGAUAUAGAUAUGCAUUGCCUCCACACUUCACAGAAGUUUUCCCCCAACCUCUUGACAAAUGAAUAUUUCGCGGAAAUUUUUACCCUUAUUCUCAAUAACCAGUCCGGUGCGUUUCUUACUCCAGCAGAAUAUUUUGGUACCCUGUAUUAUGUAGGAGACCUAGUGGAUGCAAAUCUAGUUAAUUUAUUGGAACCACAUCCAAUUUUAGGGGUCAUAUAUAGUAUUGGGGGUAACAUAUCCGGUGACAGAUUCAUAUAUCAAAAUUCUAUAACAAUAAGAUACAAUGUCCCGCUUAUGAGAAAAUCAUACAUGUUCCUGGUUAUAAAAAACCAGUAUCGUGAAGGUUUUGCUAGAAUAGCACGAAAGAUAAUAAGUCUUAAUUC